AUGUCCUUCCAGCUCGUCGGGUUCCUGCUUACAUAUCUCCUCCACACUACACAUGCGGCAAAGAAUGGAAGUCGAGCGGGUCUGGGUCUCACCCUGGUGCAGUACGGUUUUUAUAUGAAGGGUGGCAGUGAAUCUCGAGGGGGCGAAGAGGGCUCCGACCAGUAUGUCACGCCAUCCGACCCCAACAGCCACAACUUCGAUCCCAACUCGGUCAACGAGACCUCGGGUGGUGACGGAGGCGGCACUGCGGGCAUCAGCACGAGUGACUGGAUAUCGUACAUCCUGAUGAUCGUGGGGUGGUUCAUCCUGAUCCGGGCCAUCAGCGAUUUCCUACGAGCUCGACGGCACGAACAGUUGGUUCUGCAGAGCCCAGAUCGAGGGUUGGGAGUUCCGGUCAUCGCGGAAGGCGAGCGAUCGGAGACCGUUGUCUAA